AUGAACAGAAUCAUGAAAAAACUAUCGUGCUUUAAGACAAAAGUUAAAUCAUUGCGACUACUCGAAUCCAGGUCAUCACUGUCUUCUUCCUCUUUCACUCCUCAGAAAUACGACGUCUUUCUAAGCUUCAGGGGCCCAGAUACUCGCAAGAACUUCGUCAGCUUUCUCUACAAGGAGUUAGUGGCGAAAGAGAUUCGAACUUUCAAAGACGACAAGGAGUUAGAGAGAGGCCGUCCGAUCUCACCGGAGCUUCUCCAAGCCAUCAAAGGGUCAGAAAUCGCCGUCGUGGUUGUCUCUAAGACUUACUCAGCUUCUAACUGGUGUCUUGAAGAGCUUGUGAAGAUCUUGAAACUCGAGAAGAAGGGUUUGAUCAAAGUGCUGCCUAUUUUCUACGAGGUUGAUCCUUCUCACGUGAGGUGGCAGAGAGAAGAAGUCGCGAAACAGUUCAAGAAACAUGAGAAGAGACAGAGCAGAGAGAAGGUCAAAUCUUGGAGGGAUGCGUUGAAUUAUUUGGCUGAGAUCUCUGGUGAAUGUUCAAAGAACUGGGAAGAUGACUCGAAGCUGGUCGAUGGAAUUACAGAAAGAGUAUCAAAGAUGUUGUUCUCCGUAACACCAGGAAAUGGCAAUAACCUAAUUGGUAUCGAUGAACACAUGAAUGAAUUGUAUCCACGGUUGGAUCUAAACUCAAACCAAGGUGUGCGAGUCAUUGGGAUAUGGGGAAGAGGAAGCAUGGGAAGAUCAGCACUUGCAAGACACGUUCACGAGAGCAUCUCACAUAACUUUGAAGCUCACUGUUUCCUCGAAGACGUGAGAAAGAUCUCACAACAUUGCCGCAAAUCUCAUCUACAAGAAGAGCUUCUUUCCAAGAUGCAAGGGGAAGGGUUGAACACAAAGAGCUCUCAUAGGUGUCUUAAAGCGAUCAAAGCAGGGCUCAGGAACAAGAAGGUUCUACUUGUGGCUAACGACGUGGACAAGAUCGAACAGUUAGAAGCCCUUGGUGAGGAGUUUAGCUGGUUUGGUCAUGGCAGCAGAGUCGUCAUAACCACACAAGAUAGGCAAUUGCUUAGUUCAUGGGGUGUGAAGAGUGUCUAUGAAGUUGAGCUCUUGAAAUGCUACGAAGUUCGAAAGCUCUUUAGGUCAGAAGCAUUCAAACAGAGAGAGGUGGAUCCUGUUGGUUUGGAGCAGUCUACAUAUCAUCCACACAUGAACUUUCUUGGUGUUAAUUUCUUUUUGAAAUGUUUGGUGGCUUUGUUAUGCGACAGAGGUCAGCUUAAGGAAAGACUGAGUGCAUUAAUACAUAGUCGCUAGUUCUAAAAAUGAAAAAGACAAAAGCCUUUUGUAUAUACAAAGAGUAGAUUUAGGUCAAAUACUUUGCUUUUUGUUGUUGUUUAUACUAUAUAUUGUUUAGGUACAUGAAUAUUGAAUUGAUGUGUUUGUUUGUUCUUA